AGCAAGGAGCAAAAUUGUUUGCUUCAGCCCGGCAGUCGCGUCAUGUAGCACAGGUUCUUUCAAACGUGCAUAACCUCAACUUCUUCGAACAGACUCUUCCCUACUAUUUUAUUCUCCUCAUUUUUACAUACUUUUGAAAUUUUCUUGUCUUUCAGGUUUCAAAAUGAAUGUGGCUGUCAUUCAGGGGAUGAGACAGGGCACUGUCUUGUAUCAUUGCCAUGAUGGAUUCUAUUAUUACUUUAACAAUGGGAAGAGCUAUGAAUUUGAUGGAGGAAAUGCCACUUCAAUCAAUCUUCGCUGUAAAAACUGGACCUCUCAGUGGUGUCAUGGAACAGCGAGAAUUUUAAUCUACAAUGGGAGGAUCCAGUGGACUAAUCUGCUUGAGCACACCUGUCCUGCUGAUGAAGAUUUUCACCUUGUAAGACAGCUGAGAGGGGAGAUUAUACAAGAAAGUGUUAACUUAGAUGGACCCUUUGAAACGCCUGCUGAAGUCCUAAACCGUGUCAGAGAAAGGUUUGAUGUUGAUGUGGCUGCAAGAAUUACAAAUUCCGCAAUGAGAUCCAUUAUAUCUCGUGCUCGGGGUGGCUUGUACCCGAAUAUUCCUGGAAGCUUGGAAGAGCUUGGAAAUCUUCUAAAUGACAAUCCACAUUUGUCAGCUACUCAAGAUGAAGGGGACAACUUUUUUGCUGGCAUGGUUCGAGGUCGAGGUCCAGGGACUAUAUCCCUUGUAUUUUUUUCUGAAAGAAUGCGGCAAUAUCUUGCUAGAACAAGAGUUGUAUCUUGUGAUGGUACUUUCAAAAGUAGACCCAUUUUGCCAAACUCAGCACAACUGCUGCAAAUUGUAGGAGUGAUAGACUAUCAUGCAACGCCUCUUGUACAGGUUCUAAUGACUGGCAAGUCUGAAGAAGAGUAUGUGGCAGUCCUGCGUUUUCUACAGCAACGUGUUCCAAGGUUCAGACCAAGGAUUGUCAUUACUGACUUCGAGGCGGCUAUGCAAAAUGCUUGGAGAGAAGUGUAUCGGUGUCCUGUGUGUGGCUGUUACUGGCACCACUGUAGAGCUGUGACACUGAAGACCCGACAUCUAGGUCUUACUGGCCUCUUACGAGAGGACAGAAUAUGUCGAAGCAUUGCCAGAUCAUUGCUUGCCGUGCCCUUACUUCCAAAACGCUAUAUGGAAAGGGGCGUUCGAGUACUCAUAGCAGAGGCUCACCGUGAAGGGAGACUUGAUCAGUUAAAUGCUCUUUUUGAUUACUACACUGAUACUUGGUUCUCAGCAUCAGCAUUUGAAUCUCUCAGUGUGUAUAGAGCAGAGCACAGGACGAACAAUUGUGCGGAAACUGCCAACAAAAUGUUUGGCUCAAAAACUGGAGCAAACAGGCCAGGCGUGUAUCGUUUCCUAAGUGCUCUUCGGAAAUAUGAAAGAGAAGCUUUCACUACUCAGAGGACACUUGAUGCUGGCCUGCCCAUUAACCGCCCAAGAACAGUCCAGGCUAUGAACAAUGACAUCAUGAUAAUGAACUACACAAACCAACUCAGGCAAGGCAGGAUAAGCAUUCGAACAUUCCUUCAUAGAGCCUCUACUAGAGUCAUGAAUGUCUACAAUUUUUUCUUGGAGCCUGUAAGACAAGCUGGGGCUCAGUGAUUGGUUUCGUAUUGUGCUGAUCCUGUUCAUUUGUAGUAUAUCACUUUGCUUGCGAUACUUAGCAUAA